AAUAAAGCUUCUUUCUUGCUCCCUCUUCUUCAUCACCUCUCCCUGUCAUUCAAAACUGAGAGGAAGAGGAUGAUCUAAAAGUGGGCUGUUUUGCAUGGCUACCAGUGACCAGAAUUUUGGAAUGAACUGCCGCCGCCGCCUUCAGGACCACCACCACCACCAUAAUAUGAAUUUCGGUAUUUUCCACGGCGGCGAAACCACAAGCUUCAUGUCCCACUCCACACUCAAUGGCCAAGAAGGAUCAUCAUCAUCACCAGCUUUUGAAUUUGGGGAGCUAGAAGAAGCCAUAGUUCUGCAGGGAGUGAAGAAGAUCAAGAGCAAUGAUGAAGCCAAAGAUUCUUUAUAUGCAGAAGAUAAAGGUGAACCAACACUGGAAAUGUUCCCAUCUUGGCCUGCUAGAUUCCAUCUCAGCAGCCCAAUGAGAGGGGGGAGCUCAAGAUCAGGUGGAGAAGACAGCAGUGAUUCAGGAUGCUUUGGGAACAGAACAGAAGACACAGAGUCGCCGCCUUUGAGUACAACCUUUGACCAUAGUCAACAUCAUCAGCUUCCACUUGCUGCCGCAGACAUGGCGGCCGCCACUCAUCCAGCUCUUCCUCCUAAUUCUAAACACCCUUCUCAACACAAGGUUAAUUUAAUUAGUUUAUUAAUUGUCAAUUACUAAUUGAUUUUAAAAAAUGGUAGGAAAUAUGAUUAAGCUUUUGAAGACAGAGUAAAAAAAGGUUUAAUUGAGAAAGAAAGAAAGAAAAGUUUAAAUUUUGUUUUUUGGGGGCAUAUUUUCUGGUGCAAAUCUGGUGAGGUCACACUCAAGAAAUCCCGCCAAUUGCUCCAAGAAAAUCAAGAGAAGGGAGCUUU